UUGAAUCAUCAAUAAAAGGGGAUAAAAGUGAAGCCACCCUGUCUCCGUCGCUGCUUCACCAGGCCAAAAAGAAUUGCCUCACAGCUCCCACAGUCACCUGAGUAAAAAGUCAAAUCUACUUCAAAAUGCCUGCUAACUUCAGUGGAACAUGGAAGAGCUUCAAGUCCGAGAACUGGGCAAACCUGCUGGAUAAGAUGGGAGUGCCAAAGGAGAAGUUGCCGGCAGACCUACAGGUGACGCACACCAUCUCUCAGAGCGGCAACACCAUCAACAUGAAGACCACCAACAACCACAACAGCGACGUCAAGAACGUCACCAUCAACGUGGGCAGCAACCACAAAGAGGACGUAAUGGGCCACCAGAUCGAGCAGACCACAGCCUGGCAAGGUAACAAGCUGGUCAUGCGUGCCGUCAACGGCUCCGGCGGAGUCAUCUACGAGAUCGUCGGCGAUCAGAUGGUGGUCACCAUUGAGCACCAGGGCGUGGUUGCCAAGUCCUACUUCAGCAAGUAGACGAACGAAGCUAUUCUAGUAUAAUCUCUCCAUAGUUUGAUAGAUUCUUUAGGAAGAUAGUAUAGGUAUGACCCCAGUUCCCCUCGUAAAACAUAUGGAGAGAUGUUCGUGUUUACUGAAGCGUGAUCAAUCUUGGGAAUAUUGUACGGAAAGAUAAAAAUCUAUUGAGAAGGUGUAUAUUUUGUAUGUUUUAUUUUAGUAUUGGUAUUAUAAAACUGCCAAACAAGAUGAAAAACUCUGAAAUAAAUUGUGCUCUGGAAUGAGAGUUGGUUCCAUUAACAAAGAAACAUUUGGUGAGCUAGCUUUGGGGAAAUGGUGCGAAAGGAACCUCACCCAUCAGCAAAUAAAUGCACCCAAAAACGACAGGUUUUUUUUCGGUAUCUCUCGGCAGUAUACUUGCUGCGUCUGAAACAGGAGAAGAUGUCUCAGAUAGAGGGCGCCCCAUUUUAGUCGAAAAGCCGUUUAAGUUCUAUUUGAUUUUCAGUUAGUGCUUGUGUGGACUGACACGAAAAUCGCAGCGUUAAUUUUUUGUUGUUGUUGUUGUUUUCUUUUUUGUUUUGUUUUGUUCAGUUUGAAGCCUGUGACUUAUGUCCUUCAAUAUUUCGGAGACAUCUGUUCUCGGGGUGCUUUGAGGAAAAUGACACUCCAAAAGAAUUUGGAGGUUCAAAGUGCAAAGACCAUAGUCUUUAACUUGUCAUUUGGGGGAAUUUAAUUAUAUUAUAUUAAAGUAUAUUAAAAAAUAUUAUAGAGUAUAUUAAAGCAGUAGACAAAAUAGAA